AUGCGUGAUUCAGCUGGUAAUUAUAUACGAGCUCGCGCUUUGCUCGACACCUGUGCAACAGCCAAUUUUAUUACCGAAAAUUUAACGCACAAAUUAAAACUUCCAACGCAAAUUUGUUCUCUUCCCAUCGGGGCAGUUAAUGGAAUGCAAACUUUCUCCAAGCACAUUGUGCAAGUAGCUUGCAAGUCUCUGAAUAAUAAGUUUCAAAAAUUAUUAUCAUUUUUAACAGUCGAUCGGAUUGCGGACUUAAGUCCAAGUGAAACCUUUCCACGUGACAUGAUUCACAUUCCCAAAAAUGUAAAGUUGGCUGAUCCUCAAUUUCAUAUACCACGAACAGUUGAUGUACUCAUUGGUUCAGGAACCACCUUAUCUCUCUUAUCCAUCGGGCAAAUUAACCUUUCACACAAUGACUGCGACUUAAUUCUGCAAAAAACACAACUUGGCUGGGUCGUAGCGGGGGGAGUCAAUAAUGAAAAUGACGUGCAACCUGUAUCCUGUCAAUUAACAGAUUUAUCAAGUCAAUUAACUAGAUUUUGGAUAAUUGAGGAUGCGGGCCCAAAGGGCUCCCGAUCUGUGGAUGACUCUCUAUGUGAAACUCAUUAUCAACGUCACACCACCCGUAAUGCCGACGGACGCUACGUUGUUCAACUACCAUUCCGUGUUGAAAAUGUUGAAUUCGGAGAUUCAAAAAACCAAGCUUAUAGACGAUUUUUAUCUUUACAGAGGAGAUUAAAUGCUGACCCGCAGCUUAAGGCAGAAUAUUGCAAGGUUAUGCAAGAAUACAUCGAUCUUGGUCACAUGAUACAUGUCCCAGACGAUCAUGAACCAGGAUAUUACAUGCCUCACCACCCGGUGAUUAAAGCUUCCAGCACCACCACCAAGGUACGCGUCGUAUUUGACGCUUCUGCCAAAUCUGAUAAAGGUAUUUCUCUAAAUGAAGUCUUGUUGACCGGACCUACUAUCCAAGACAAUCUGUUUACUAUCCUCUUACGUUUCCGAACGCAUGUCUAUGCUAUGACCUCAGAUAUUGCACAAAUGUAUCGACAAAUUUGUGUCCAUCCUAAUCAUCACAAAUUCCAGCGAAUACUUUACUAUCAGAAUAACAUUAUAAGUACCUUUGAACUUCAACGAGUUACAUUUGGAGUAUCUGCUGCACCGUUCUUGGCAACGCGUACAGUAAAUCAACUUGCUGAUGACGAAGUCCAUAAUUUUCCAACAGCUUCUAAGAUUUUGAAACGAGAUCUUUAUGUUGAUAAUCUUUUGACUGGAACCAAUUCUCUGGCUGAAAUUUUACAAUUACGUGAUGAAAUCAUUCAACUUGUAAGAAAGGGAGGUUUUGAACUCAGACAAUGGGCAUCCAAUCAUCAACAUGCUCUCGAUAAUUUUGAUGAAAGAACUCUCGACCUGGACUGUGCAGUCAAUGAUGAUCCAAUCUCAAAAACUCUGGGUGUUGUCUGGAAUUCACGUACUGACAGUUUUAUUUAUACGGUCAAUCCGAUUGAUCCGUCUCGAAAGAUAACCAAGCGUACAAUUCUAUCAGACAUUGCAAAAAUUUUUGACCCCAUCGGCCUUCUGGGUCCUGUGGUCUUAGCCGCAAAAACCAUUAUCCAAGAAUGUUGGAAAAUUAAGAUUCAUUGGGACGAAGCUGUUCCGCAAGAAUUAUAUUCCCGCUGGCUUAAAUUUUCCGAGAAACUACCUCGUAUCAAGGACUUUUCUAUUGAGCGUAAUCUUAUUAUUCCCAAUGCAAUCGACAUACAAUUGCACGGAUUCUGUGAUGCAAGUAAGGUCGGUUAUGGUGCUUGUUUGUAUGUGCGUUCAACAGAUCAACAUGGACAAAGAAUUGUCCGAUUAGCUUGCUCAAAAUCGAGGGUUGCCCCUCUCAAGGACAUGACAAUACCAAAAUUGGAAUUGUGCAGCGCACAAUUGCUCUCACGACUAUAUCGAGACACAUUACCAGUCUUCAACAUCUCUAUAUCUCAAAUUGUAUUUUGGUCAGACUCUACUAUUGUUCUCCAAUGGUUGAAACGAUCACCUAACUCCCUCAAGGUUUUUGAAGCCAAUCGUGUCGCAGAAAUUCAAUCUCUCGGAAAUGAAGUCGAGUGGCGACAUGUCCGAACCCAAGACAAUCCAGCUGAUUGCUUAUCCAGGGGUCAACUCCCCUCUGAAUUCUUAACCAACCACAAGUGGUUUGAAGGCCCAUCUUGGCUCACACAAGAUCAAGGGGAAUGGCCUGUUCUUAUCCAACCUACUCACUCAGAACUUCCUGGGUUAAGAAAAAACACCUGCUUGAUUACUACCACUGCGGAUCUAUUCCAACGAUUCUCAUCUUACUCUACACUCAUAAAUUCUCUCGCAUAUUGUUGGCGUAUGCUUAAAUCCAGCUCUUUCAAACAUAAACCGAUGAGUGUAGAAGAGAGAACCUUGACUGAAAUAAAAAUUUUGUCUAUAAUUCAAAAUGAACAGUUUCAUUACGAGAUUGAACAAAUUAAGGAGACCGGCGAGACAAAAAAUCUACGAUUGCGAUGUCUGAGUCCAUUCAUCGACCAGCACGGACUACUGCGAGUCGCCGGGCGUUUGAAACACGCACCCAUCUCCUUCACUGAAAAACAUCCAAUUUUAUUACCUUCCAAUCAUCAAGUUACGGACCUGAUUAUUCGUGACAUACAUAAAAAUUCACACCAUUCAGGCAUCCAAAGUACUCUCUCAAAUCUCCGACACCGAUUCUGGAUAUUGGAUGGAAAAAAUCAAGUACGGCGUAUUGUUCGGCGAUGUGUCGAAUGCAUUCGACAUCGUCCCACACUAUUACAUGGGAAAAUGGCAGAUUUACCAAGUGCUCGAGUUACUGAAUCAGCCGCUUUCUCUCACGUGGGUGUGGACUACUUUGGACCAUUGUUUAUCAAGGAACGAAAAUUCAGAAAUCGGACUAAGAUCAAGGUUUACGGAUGUGUUUUUAUUUGUAUGGCCACGAAAGCCGUACACCUAGAGAUCGCAAGUGACUUAACCACUGAUGGUUUUUUGGGGGCCUUUGGGCGAUUUGUUGGUCGCCGAGGUAUUCCCUCUCAUGUAUAUUCUGACAAUGGCACUAAUUUUGUAGGUGCAAAUAAUCAGCUACGAGAUCUCUAUCUCUUAUUUAACUCAAAAUCGCACCAUGACCAGGUAAAUGAUUAUGCCGUCCGGAAAAAUAUUAACUGGCACUUCAAUCCUCCCUUAUCUCCUCACUUUGGGGGUAUUUGGGAGGCUGCGGUAAAAUCAUUCAAACACCACUUCAAACGAGUGGUAAAGGACCAACUCCUUACCUUUGAGGAGUUGAAUUCCUUGACUAUACAAAUUGAAGCUAUACUCAAUUCUCGCCCUCUAUGUUCUUUAUCAAGUGAUCCUAACGAUCCAAUUGCCCUGACUCCUGCCCACAUUUUGAUAGGACGUCCUCUUACUAUACUACCUGAAAAUGAUUUUUCUGAUGUUCCAGAUAAUCGGCUUAGUGUCUGGCAAUUUAUUACCAAGGCCAGACAAGAUUUUUGGAGACGCUGGUACUUGGAGUACCUCCACGAGCUCCAAGUGCGUCAAAAAUGGGAAUCAUCUCAGGGUGAGAUUAAAACCAACCAGGUUGUGCUUCUCAUGGAUAAGAAUCAACCAUGCAUGCGGUGGCAGCUAGGGGUGGUUGUCGAAACUUAUCCAGGCGAUGACGGAAUCACACGAGUCGCAUCAGUCAGAACUGCACAAGGGCUGUUCAAACGAAACGUCACUCUACUAUGUCCUCUACCAAUCAAUUGUUGA